AUGCGAAGUCAAAACUAUAGUUUACCAAUUUAUGGUGGCGGUCAGAUGGUGAUUAAUAUGAAGACGACGGUGACGACGAGCGGUGGACAACAUAAUGGUUUGGUUGUGCAUAGUGCUGUGCAGUCGAAUGGAUCGGCACCGAUAUCACCGUCAGCUAGUUAGUUUUGGGGAAAAACAAUUAAUGGCUACUGUAUGUAGAAUUUUUGAUCUGUUCAGAAAAUCAUUUCAAAAUGGAAUUUUUUCGGAAUCACUUUAAAAUGGUGUCUUAAAACAUUCAAGUUAGGAUAAAUCCGUUACUUCCUAAUACUUACUGUAAAAGUUUAAUCAAUAUGAGAAAAAUUCAAAUUGUGAUUUUUUCUGAAUGACAUUCAAAAACUGUGACCAAAUUUACUGUACAAUUUUUUUAAACAUUCAAGUUAGGCUGAAUCCCUUGCUUAAAAAGCUUGAUCAAUUUCAGAAAUUUCACUGUGAUCUGUUCAAAAAUAAUUUCGAAAUGGAACUUUUUCUGAAUCACUAAUAAAAACUUUUGCCAAAUUUGAAGUAGAAAACUUUCAAGUUAUGCUAAAUCCCUCACUGUGCAGGCGUCAUCAAUUUCAGAAACUUCAAAAUGAAACUUUUUCUGAAUUACUUUUAAAAAAACUGUGGUCAAAUGUAUUGUACAAAAUCACAAUUUUUUUAAACAUUCAAGGUUAAAUCGAAAUCCUUACUGUUUCAAAUUUCGUUGAAGCUUUUAUAAAUUAUUUCAAAGUGGAACUUCAUCAGAAUCACUUUUUGUACAAACCAAAUUUUUCAAGAAACAUUCAAGUUAGGUCAAAUCUCCCCUUGCCUCACUGUAAAGGUUUGGAGAAUUUCAGAAAUUUCAAAAAAUCAUUUGGAACUGUAAAAUUUAUAGUUUCUUUUUUUCUGAUUUCCAUGAUCUUCUAUUUUUGGACAUACAAAGUACGAAGUAGUUUCUGAUUUUCCGAAUAAUUCAAUUUGCAAAGUGCCCUAUCUGUUCCUAAUCUGAUCUACGGAAAACAAAUUCCAGGUACUUCAAAUUGGCAGCCGUAUAUUGAAUCGCCUAGAAUGAAUCGAUUAGAAGACCGAAUCGAAAUGUUAAGAUCAAAUUCUUCGCUUCAUGUAAGCAAGCCCCCAAAGCUUCUGCCCUUCUCUAAUUCCAGAAAUUUCAGCGAGAUCAUAGUCCUUUACCAAUUCAAAUGGUACCAAGUACAAGUAGAGAAACAUUAUUAUCCAACACUUCCAAACCUCGAUCAGUCGCGUUCCAAGAAAAACCGCCAUCCCCUCCGCCGUCUCCAAUCUACUCAUUUAAAGGCCGUGAUUCCCCACCGGAUGAGUUCAUUCAACCAACAAAACUGAUGCUUAAUUUAUUUCGACCUGUAAGUUCUUGAAAAAACUCACGUGAUUUGUUUGUCUAACCAUCGUUUUCUAAAUAUUUGUUUUCGCUCAUUGUAUCCAUGUCAAAUUGUGAGAAUUGGUUGGUUGGUUGGCCAAAAAAAUAGAGAGAAAAAGGGAGGAAUGAAAUUCAAUACGAAGAGUAAAAAUAGAAGUAAAUAAUAACUUUGGCAAAGGCUACAUUUUCAUUUUUUGUUGUUUCGUUUGUCAUAAAGAAACAUCGAGAAGAUGUUGAGUCGAAGCACUGUUCAAAGAUAUUUCUAUGAAUCUUUCGAAAAGGUAAAUUGGGUGAUUUGGUGUUUCUUCAAGGAAAACCACGCUAAAAGCUUAUUGUUAAAACUACGAAAGAAAGUUCGCUCUAUCGCACACACAAUUCCAAUGUAUGUAGUUCUCUCGGAAUUCACACCCAAACAUUUUGUUUAUUUUAAAAAGCAUCCCCAAUCAAGUAUAGACUGAUUUAUAGUUCUUUAAAAAUACUUUCAAAGCCACGAAAUAAAACAAGAAAAUGCGCUCUAAUGAACAUGUGUUUCCAGAAAACGGAUAUUUACCGAUUUUCAAAAGAACAUCAUCCCUUUUUCAGACCCAACGAGAACCUCAAUGGCAAGUUCCAAUAUCUCGAAGUCAAAUCACCGAUGACAACGGUGGAAUCACAUUGUCGAAGAAAAAUGCACUUUUGAAUGAUAAUGUUACGACAACAACAACUGUUGAAGUUUUUAGAGCACCGGUAACUAUCCACUUUUUUUUGAAAUUCCAACAACUCAUUCACUCAUGUUUUAGAUGGAUCCACAUGCACCAGUCAUAGGGUUAUCUCAAUCACCUUAUGGCGGUCAACCACUUUUAAUUCGUACACACGGUCCGCAAUAUGAGCAAUGGUCGAAUUCAAAAACACAAACAAUGUUGUCUGACGAACCAAUCUCAUCCUAUGGACCGAAAGGUGUACAGUGGAAAGAGAGAUUGAUUGAAGGGUCGAGAUAUAUUGAUAAUAUGAAUGAUGAUAAAAAUAGUGAUUAUGACGAGAUUAUGCCAUUACCCUAUCCAGAUGGAAAACAACCAAGAGAAUAUAUUAACCAUGAUUAUAGACCAAAUGCAGUUAGACAACCUUUUCAACCGAUUACACAUCCGAUUUUAUCGGGUUCUAGAGAUGAUUUGAGGUUGGUUUGGGUGGCACUGAUAAUAGAAGUUUUUUGGAAUGUGUUUUUUAAAGAUCUAAUCAUAGCUUGAGAAGCCCGAGUCCAAUGUAUGUUGUUCCACAUCGUCGACAACAUCGAGAGGAAAUUGAAAGGUAUAAGAUAAACAAUAUGUACAUUCCAAAAUGAAUUAUUUAGAAGAGCAUCUCGUAGAUCAAAAUCAAAUAGUCGAGAUGAGCCUCAAGAUCAAUCUUCAUACCCCCGUCCACGUGGACUUCUACGUCAUCGAAGUAUGUCGCCAGCAACAUCUUCACAUCGACAAUUCGGCGGAUCACAAGAGUUCGUAAUUCCCGCUCAUUCGCCAAUCGGCAGCACGUUAAUGUUAGCAAGUCCAAACCCGAAUGAAUUACCGGGACGACCUGCAAGUGCACGAAGUCAGGAAAUAUUUGCAUUGUAUCAGACUAGAGAUGCUUUAAAUCGAAUUGUAGAUCAGCAUUAAGUAGAUGCAUGUACAGAUAGACGAAUAUUAAUCAUUCACUAUUACAUUCUUUUUUCUUUUUAUUGUUGUAAUUGUCUUCUUCUUAUACAUAUUCUAAGUACUCUCUCUGAUGAAGCAUGUUUUUUAUAUUCACUUAAUUUUGUGAUUGUAUUGUUAUCGCACGGUGAACAAAAUAAAAAUUCAAUACUCAUUAUUAAAUAUUGUCCAAGUUGAAAAUGUGGCCAGCAUUACUUCGCGUGCGGCUAUGCGUCGCGGUGUGUUUCCAGACCGCGACGCACAGCCGCACGCGACUGACGAAGUAAUGUUUUUAGUCACAUUUUCAACCUCGACAAUAUCAGUAUUCAUUUAAAUUUCAGUGAAUAUUUUAUGGAAAAAGAAUUCAAUGAGAUGGAAAUGAUGUCAUCGCCAUUGGCAGAAUCCGAAGAUUCACUGAUUUCGGAUAUGUCAACAAGAAAUGAUUAUGCAAAAGCAUCCUAUUUGGAAUAUAAAGCUUCGAGAGAUGGAGAUGAUGAGAUGGAAUAUUUCUUUCCACCUCCUCCUCCGAUUCCGAAAGAUUAUUCAAGGUUUGCACAAAGUGGAAAUAUUUUUUAAUCAAAAAUUUUAGACUCCGUAAUCAAAUAUACCGCAAGAAAAAUGAGGAAUAUUACCUUCCUCGUUCAAAAUCUUAUGAUCAUCGACAUGAUAAAAAUCAUCAUCGAAGCGCGAAAAGUGUGAUAAAUGUUCGAAAGAAAGAGGCGAUUUAUGCGACACCAAUCAAAAAAAAUAAAUUGGAUCAAAUCGAGGAGUUUGUUGAACUUCCGAAAUAUUUGAGAUGUGAGGAGGCGAGUACAAGUACAACAACACCGCCAACUAUUGAAAUCGGAUCGAAUGAGAAAGAAUUUACGACGAAAGUUGAAAAAGUUGAGGAGAAAUUGAGGGCUUUGAAAUUGGCUAGAGAAGAUUCAUUGUCAAAUUUAUUGAAAAAACAACUGAAAAUCAAAGAGGUUGAUAAAAAAGAAGAAGAGGAAAAAGAAAAAGAAAUUAUUGAACAAGAAAAUAAUAUUGAAGAAUCUUCUUUGCCAAGUUAUGUCGAACCAAAAGAUCCGAUUAUAAAAGAACUUCAAGAGUUUUUGAAAAUUGAACCCGCUGAAGAGGUUUGUUUUGAGAAAUUAUUCAAAAAUACAACUAAAUUUUCAGAAAACUCCAACGAUUGAUCAUAGAUUAGUUGUGAAAGAUUGGCAGAAUUUAAUGAAGUCACCAUCUCAAUCAACAACUUCUUCAACAACUUCAACAACUGUUUAG